AUGAAAGGGCAAGAUAUUGUGCUAGUGAAGAUCUUGACCAUCUUCACAACCCUUGACUUGUCAAACAAUUUUUUCCAAGGGGAUAUCCCAAUAGUUAUUGGACAUCUUCAAUCUCUCAUAGGCCUUAACCUUUCUCAUAAUCACUUCACAGGUUCCAUCCCUUUGACUCUAGGGGACUUGACUAAUCUUGAAUGGCUUGACCUUUCUUCGAAUAAGCUUAGUGGGGUAAUUCCUAGAAAAUUGGGAGAUUUGACAUUCCUUGGGUACUUAAACCUCUCAAAGAACCAACUCAUCGGUCAAAUUCCACAAGACAAGCAAUUAAGCACAUUUUCAAGUGACUCAUUUAGAGGAAAUCCAUGCUUAUGUGGAACUCCAUUGCCGACAGCAUGCCCUUGGGAUGCUCAACCUCCUCCACCAUCGUCUUCACCAUCUUUCAACCAUGAAGUGCAUGAGAGUUGGCUCAAACAGAAAGUAGUGUGGAUAGGUUAUGCUUCUGGAGUUGUAAUUGGGAUUUCCACAGCAUUCAUUGCAUUUGAAACAGGAAGGCCCAAAUGGCUUGCACGAGGUGUGAGCAUGCUGGAAAGAAAAGCAACCGAGUGGAAGGAGAAGCCAAAGUGGAUGGCCAACCAACUUCAUGGACAUUGA